AUGUCUGCCGGUAUCAGAAAGACGUUCUCGGAGUUUUUCAACGAAUCCCCGUUGAUCUCCAGAACCAAUUCCGUCGAGUUUGACACCGAUUACUACCCACAACGUUUCCCGGUUAAAGGACUAUCGUAUUCUUCGCUAAAUGAUUCCUUGCUCAUUAUACUCGUUGGAUUGCCUGCCUGUGGCAAAAGCACCAUCGCUAAAUACUUGAUCAAACAUCUCCAGGCCCAUAAUUAUCCGUACUCGAAAAUAUACAACGCUGGUAACGUCCGAAGGAACCACUUAAGUCCGAUCGCUUCCCUCGACAACAGAAACCCCCCAAACCCAACCCCCACCAGUUCUUUCUUUAAGAAAGAUGGUGAACAAUUAAGAGACGAGUUCGCGUUUAUCGCGUUUGAAAAAUGUCUACUGGACUUGUUCAACCACCAAAUCAACGUGGCGGUAUUCGAUGCUACGAACUCGACCGCUCAAAGAAGAAGCAGGUUGAACUUCAUCAUCAACCUCUACCUACGCAAAAUAAAUUCCCUCGUCUCGUCGUCACCCUGCAAUUUAAAAGUAUUGUUAUUGGAUAUCAAAUGUACAAACCCAAAAUAUUGGAAAUUCAACAUGGAAUUGAAAGUGUCGUUUAGCCCAGACUACACCAACUCUUCUUCUUCCAAUUUUGCCAACCACAACGCAAAAUUGAAGGAUUUUGUGCAACGAACUGAAUAUUAUAUUGAAAACUAUGAACCAGUCACCUCCACUGAAUUGGACCAAUACGGCUGGGAUUAUAUAACCAUUGACAACUGCGGCGAAUAUGUCAACCAUAGAAGUUACGAUGUGAAAAAUCAUUAUAAAUUGAAUGCGGCCGAAGCUUCAGGAAAGUACAAUAAUUCUCAUAAGAAUGAUAUGGUUUCCGAGAAGCUCGUGUCCAGAUUAGAACUUGAGCAAAAACUCCUACUGAUUAAUAGUUCGGUUCGUGAUGAAAAAGACAUCCCCAAACAACUACCAUGCAGCAGCGAUGAAAAAGACGACAGUGAGAAAGAAAACGAUGACACCUUAUCAUUCAGUGCUCCUGAAAUAAGCAAAAACGGCCUAGUUAUGACACCUUCAUCUUCGUUAUCAUCAACCUCCACAUAUAUGGAGCCUAAUAAUAAUAAUAAUAAUGGUCCGAAUCAAGCCAUGAAGACGGUUUAUGAAUUUACAGAAAAUUAUCUCAAAUCUCAAGGCACCAGUUAUAUCGCCAAGGCCAAGAACUUUUGUAGCGACAAAACUCAGAUCAUUUUGACAAAUGGUAUACUGGCCGGUGCCUACGGUGACCAGUCAAAUGAGGCAAUAGGUGUUGAGGAAAUGGACGAGAAGAUUUUUUCGAUAAUAUUCAGUAACCCGAAUCAUAAAAAGAAAAUCUUCCAGUCUGUUUGCUGA